AUGUCUGAUAUUGAGACGCCGACCGCACCUCCAUCUCCUGAUCUUGGAGCAACACCGUCCACCACGCCUAUCCUGCUCAUCACACCCAUCAAUUCCAUCACUGAAGCAGCUAAUUUACUACCUGCAACUACUCUACCGGUUCCAAAGUUCCUCGCACCACAUGGCCCCCGGAUGGAGCGUGUCGUAGUUCUUGCUAAAUGCGCGAUCUGUUGUUGCGGGCUGUCAGGGGCCACCGACAAACAGACUAUAGUGCACGUUAAUCGAUGUUGGAAGCGCUGGAAGGAGAACAUCAAGGUCGAAAAGUGGCUGGAAAACAUAGAGAAGGAGGAGGACAGGGACGAGAGUCCGCGUACUGCUCGACUCAUUCUCUCAGACUCAGGCCGGAAACCACCAUCAGGCACUCUUCAAACCCCAACCUCUCUCUCUGCCUCACCCGGACAGGCUUUGGUUUUGCCUUCACCCCCGGAAGACGGCGCAGAGACCGCCUGCAUUCUCUGCCACUUAUUCUUUAAGCACCUAUCCUCGCUCGACAUCCUCGAGCACCACCACGCCUGUAUAAAAGCCGUCGAACCUAAGGCCUGCCCCCGUUGCCACCGCCCCUUUAGCGAGGCUUGGACCGACUUAAAAAUCCUCGCGCACUUUCAUAGGCGUCACAGUGGAUGGCACACCAAAUCCGAGGGCCGAAAAGCCUGGGCCGAACUCUGGACCGCCUUGGAAGGCCGCCGCAAAGUAGCUGUCCACCUGCUCAAGCAAACCUACGGUCCACGCAAAGAGUGGGGUAAGACUAAACAUCGUCACAGCUUUAGGGGUAAGAUGAACGUCGGCAGACUGGAUGACGCAGUGGUAUACACUAUGCCGCCUACUCCAUUGCGUCGCGUGGAGCAGAUAAUUUCCCCUCGCCCCUCGGACAGCGAUGUGCAGAUCGAAGUCACGAUUGUGAAGCGCGUUAGGACUAGGAACACAGAUUCGAUGAUCCUAUUUCUUCGACAUUCUUUCUCCGUGGUGGAAUUGCCGCUGAAAUUGUCCCAAACUAGGUAUUUGCCAGAGCAAGUUUGUAAAAAGACCAUCUCCGCGGCAGAUAUCUUCCCUUUGUCAAAGGAUGCGAAGGGUAAGGUCACGAAAAAGGGCAAAUCUGCUCGGAAGGUUGCGGCGCUGGAAGACGAGAAGGUUGAACAUCGGAAGUCGAAGCGGCAGCGAAAAUCCCCAUCUAUCAGAGAGCGUAUGGCUAACGCAGAUGACUCCACUGCAGACAAUUCCCCUGCCGAAGAUUCCACCUAG